AUGCAGUCGGCAGCGAGGAAGCAGUUCACGCUGAAUGCGCCACCCCAGCUUUCAACCUUCUCCGACGACUACGAAGACGAUGACGACGACGAUGAGUACGAAGGAGUUGACGGUGGCGCGCUGGAUCAGUACGAGGAGGGCGGAGAUCCUGGCGAUGACAACUCCCUACUGGCGGAACAACUUGGCGCCUUCUUGGGGACUCGGUCGCCCACCACACCUCAGUCUGCGGAUCUUGAGAAUGAAAAGCUGCUGGAUCUGCUCCAGAAGAGGUUGUUCGUUGCUGCUGGUGAUCGUGAAGCACAGGAAGAAGAAGAAGGCGGGAUCGUUGAAUCCCCACGAGUUGAAACCGCGUCACCACAGUCACCACGGCGCAGAUCAUCUAUAACAUCUUCACUGGAAGAUUUCCUAGCUGAACGAGCAUCCAAACAGAAGUCGUUGAAGCAAAAGAUGGGUCAAGAUGCUCAGCGAGCGCUCCUCGAUACAUUCUCGCAGGAACCGAGCAAAGCCCCACCGCUGUCACCCCAGCGCGUCGCUCAAAUGACUAACCGGUUCCGCAUCUUCGAGGAGAAGAAGGUUCGCCGACUCACCGCCAAGAGACGAGAGACGGAGACGCAGGAGAACAACGAGUUCCGCUUCGCGCCUACGAUGAACAGCAAGAGCCGACAACUUACCAGUCAAUUCCCCACUUUUGCAGAGCGACAGGCAACUCUAUUAGCCAAGAAGCGGCAGCAGCGAGCGCGACUGGAGAAGCAGCGCGAGGAGUUGCUGACCCGCGACAGAGCACUCGACCUCCAGGAAAGCGUGAAAACUCCCUGCAUUUGCAGCCAUGGCAACACAAGUCGAUCGGACAAUUGCGUCAUGGGAGUUGAGCGGGAACCCAGUCCAUCAAAGGCUGCAAGCGAAGCUCCGGCGUCUCCUGUUGAUGGUAUCCGUCACACUCAAGCCUGCAUGCGCUUCAUGGCAAUGUGUAGCAAGAUGAACGCGUCCUUCGCCAUCCAACGUAAGAAGGAGAUGAUGAAGCGCUCUCUCGACGACAUCAUCGCCUAUCAGGAGGACAAAAAGCAGCGGCAGCAGGCUCGAGCAGCGAUCGAAAAGGCCAAGGAGGAGAAGGAAACGACGUUCACGCCACAGAUCAAUGCCAAGUCUGAGAAGGUAAGACGUGGGUUUGAUUAA